AAUCUCCAUCCUGCCACCUGAACAGGAUUUGGUACUGCCUGCUUAAGAAAGGAUGUUUCUUCAACUAGGUCUGGGAAUCUUCUGUUUACUCUUGGGGGCUUUAAUAGGGUGUUCCUGUGAGCAGUGCAGGGAAGGCACCAAGUACACCGAUGCAAUAAUUCCCAAUUUAGAAACAACUAAAAUUAUGCGGGUCCCACGUGCUGUGUCCAUGUCAGAUUGCAUGGCAGCCUGUUGUGAUCUUUCAGAUUGCGACUUGGCCUGGAUGUUUGAGCGGCAUUGCUAUGUUGUCAGUUGUCAACAUAAAGGAAAUUGUGAGCCCAAGAAAAUGGAGAAGGUGAAGUCCUAUCUGACUUUUGUGGUAAGAACUCCCCAGAGACCAGCCACCUUGCUAGGGUAUGGACAGGUGCCAUCAAAUGUGAUUCGCUCCAUGGCAUUGCCAAGUGACCCCUCAGAGGAAGUUGGUAGCCUAAAGGAACUGUCCUUCCUCAGCAAAGACCACAAUCUUGAGGACUAUCCUGAUGAAUAUGGUGAGAUGGAUCAGAAUCCUUUUCAACUGAGCCUCAAGCCUGAGAAGAAGGAGAAUAUUAACUAUGCUGAUUGGGGAUUAGUGGUGACCACUGAAAAUGGCUUCAAUUCUUCAGGACUCAGUAAUGGAGACAAACAGGAAGAGGUACCUCAAAAUGAGGAAGUUCAUUUGGAAAGCCCUACAAAUAUAAAUAAAUCUGAAAGUAUUCCUACCACUGAACAUCCUGGAAAAUUGUCAGAAGAUGCCUUGGCCUUGCUGGAUAAAUCUAUGAAUGAUUUGGAUUUUCAUCCACCUAAAAAUGAAGUGAACAGCACCUGGCAGGAGGAGGUCGUAACACCUCCCCAUAACCCUCCUCCUUCAGGCAUUGUGGAAUUUCUCUCCACCACCCCAGCACAAACUGAAAUGUCAAACCUAGACAAUUUCAUAGAAAGUAAAACCACAACAUUUCCCACCAGUGCUCACAGCACUGCACCUUGUGCUGUCAAUGAAGAUAUGUGUCCCACUCCUACCACCAAAGCAGAAACAGACUAUAUUUAUGAAUGGAGCUUGAUCAGUUACCCUGACAGCUAUGAUGGUGAAAUGAAGGGCAGGCACACACCAACUCUAAAACUUUCUCAACUGCCAGAAGGUGCCUAUGUCUUCAGAGUGACUGUUUCUGCUGAAAAUGCAUUUGGAGAAGGAUUUGUAAAUGUCACUGUCCAACCAGCAAUCCGAAUAAAUCAGCCACCUGUUGCUAUUGUCUCUCCCAAAGUACAGGAGAUUUCUUAUCCUACUACCUCUGCCUUCAUCGAUGGAAAUCAAAGUAUAGAUGAUACUAAAAUAGUGAGUUACCACUGGGAAGAAAUUGAAGGUCCCUUGCAGGAAAAGAAGGCAUCAGCUGAUACACCUGUUUUAUACCUCUCUAACCUUAUUCCUGGCAAUUACACUUUCAGGCUAGUCGUCACUGAUGCUGAUGGAGCCGCUAAUUCCACAAUAGCUUCCUUGAGAGUCAACAAACUAUUGGAUUCUCCUCCUGUUGCCAGUGCUGGGCUAGAUCAGGAAAUUAGUUUGCCUCAAAAUUCCAUCACAUUAAAUGGAAACCAGAGUAAGGAUGAUCAUGAAAUUGUCAAUUACAAGUGGUCCCUGAGUCCCAAAAGUAAAGGCACGGUGGUAGCAAUGCAGGGUGUGAAGGGUCCAUACCUUCAGCUAUCAUCAUUGCAAGAGGGAGAAUAUACCUUCCAGCUGACAGUAAUGGAUUCUGCAGAACAGAAGUCCACAGCUGAAGUCACAGUAACAGUCCAGCCUAGACCAAACAAGCCUCCAGCAGCUGUGACUGGCCCUGAUAAAGUGUUGACCUUUCCUAUCCAGAGCACUAGUCUUGAUGGAAGCAUGAGCACUGAUGACUUAGGGAUUGUUUACUAUCACUGGGAGAAUAUCAGUGGGCCAAGUUCUUUGCACAUAGAGAAUGCUGAUCGUGCAGUAGCAACUGUCUCAGAUCUACAGAUUGGAACCUAUCAUUUCAGACUGACAGUAAAAGAUGAUCAAGGGCUCAGCAGCACUGCCACUCUUUCUGUGGUUGUUCAGGAGGGUAGCAACUCUCCACCCCAGGCCCUUGCAGGGGGCAAACACAUCCUUGUCCUCCCCAAUAACUCUGUUGCUUUGGAUGGGUCCCACUCUGUUGAUGACCAAGGAAUUGUGUCUUAUCUUUGGAUCCGGGAUGGCCAGAGUCCAGCAGCUGGAGAUGUGAUUCUUGGCUCCAACCAUGAGGCUGUAUUACAGCUAACUAAUCUUGUAGAAGGGAACUACAUCUUUCACUUGAAAGUCAUUGAUGGCAAAGGAGAUUCAGACAUCGACACAGCAGUUGUAGAAGUGCGGCCUGACCCAAAGAAAAACAGGCUUGUGGAACUGAUCUUGCAAGUUGAAGCUGGUCAGCUGACUGAACAACAGAAAGACACCCUUGUACAACAGCUAGCAGGGCUCCUGGAUGUCUUGGAUUCGGACAUUAAUAUCCAGAAGAUACAUGCUUAUUCUGAUAUCAGCACUGCUGUUGUGUUCUAUGUUCAGAAUGGGCAUCCUUACAAAAUCAUACAGGCUUCAGAUGUUGCACAAGUGCUGCGUUUGAAACUCUUGAAGGAAAAGCCAGAUUUUCUACUUUUUAAAGUGCUUCGUGUUGACACAGCUGCUUGCCUCUUAAAAUGUUCUGGACAUGGACGCUGUGACCCCAUCACAAAGCGUUGCAUUUGCUAUCAACUGUGGAUGGAAAAUUUGAUACAGCGAUACCUAAGCGAUGGGGAGAGCAAUUGUGAAUGGAGUAUACUCUACGUAGCAGCAUCUGCUUUCCUUGUGAUUGCGCUGGUGAUAGGAUUAAUUUGGCUUUGUAUCUGCUGUUGUAAAAGCAGAAAGAGGACCAAAAUAAGAAAGAAAAUGAAAUAUACAAUUUUGGAUAACAUAGAUGAUCAGGAAAGAAUGGAGCUCAGGCCCAAAUAUGGUAUAAAACACAGAAGUACUGAACACAAUUCCAGUUUGAUGGUUUCAGAGUCUGAAUUUGAGAGUGACCAGGAUACCAUAUUUAGCAGAGAGAAGAUUGAAAGAGAAAACUCCAGAAACAUUAUGAAUGGUACCAUGAAAAAUGGUGUCUCCUUCAGCUACAGCUCAAAGGAUAGAUAAAUUAAUGUGCUGCUUUGUUGGGAAAUGGUAUUUUAGUGGGCUGAAGACUGGACAGCCCUCUUUCCUAAAGUCCCAAAGGAGCAGAUAGACUCAUAAACCAAAGGGAA